CUCUCUGCAAAACACCAAACGCGUCCAGGACUUUGUAUCUGCUGUUCUUGCCGCCGGGACCAUUCUUCCCCUUGGGUCCCUCCCGGGCUCGCUCUGCUCAGCCGUCAACUGCAGGGCGCUUUCCCGAAUAUGCCACCUAAAACGGCAUGCCCCUGCUGUCGCUUCCAUCGUGUGUGCCCAUUUUUAGUUUAACGUCUGUCUCCUCUCGAAUGUACAACUCCUUUAGCGCAAGGAACGUAUUUCAUUCAGGCCACAGUCCUAAGCGUUUUGAAAAAUGCCGGGCACACAGCAGAACCGAAACAUUCGGAUUUGGACUAAAUCUCUCCUGCUUAACUUCAGCACUUGCGCCGAGGUCGCGCCGCACAGAUAUAACUGGUGAUUACAGCUGCCCUCCGUAUAUUAAUUCUUGUCAACUCCUUUGGAUUUGAAGAGAAAAUGCCUGGUGUCAUACCUAGUGAAAGUAAUGGGCUUUCAAGAGGUAGUCCAUCCAAGAAAAACAGACUUUCCUUGAAGUUUUUUCAGAAAAAGGAAACUAAGAGAGCCUUGGAUUUUACAGAUUCUCAAGAAAGUGAAGAAAAAGCUUCUGAAUAUAGAGGAUCUGAAAUUGAUCAAGUUGUGCCUGCAGCACAGUCCUCACCUAUAAACUGUGAGAAGAGAGAAAACUUGUUACCGUUUGUGGGACUGAAUAAUCUCGGCAAUACUUGUUAUCUUAACAGUAUACUUCAGGUAUUAUAUUUUUGUCCUGGUUUUAAAUCUGGAGUGAAGCACUUAUUUAACAUUAUUUCAAGGAAGAAAGAAGCUCUAAAGGAUGAAGCCAGUCAGAGAGAUAAGGGAAAUUGCAAAGAAGAUUCUUUGGCAAGUUAUGAAUUGAUAUGCAGUUUACAGUCCUUAAUCAUUUCAGUUGAACAGCUCCAGGCUAGUUUUCUCUUAAACCCAGAGAAAUAUACUGAUGAACUUGCUACUCAACCAAGGCGACUGCUUAACACACUCAGGGAACUCAACCCUAUGUAUGAAGGAUAUCUACAGCAUGAUGCACAGGAAGUAUUACAGUGUAUUUUGGGAAACAUUCAAGAAACAUGCCAACUACUAAAAAAAGAAGAAGUAAAAAAUGUGGCAGAAUUACCUACUAAGGUAGAAGAAAAACUGCAUCAGAAAGAGGAAACGAGUGAUAUGAACAAUGCUGAGACUGACAAUAUAAGGAAUUCUGAGGACUAUAAAGAAAAGCUCCCAAAAGGAAAUGGUAAAAGGAAAAGUGACUCUGAAUUUGGUAACAUGAAGAAAAAAGUUAAAGUGUCCAAGGAAUACCAGUCACUGGAAGAGAACCAGAGACAAACUAGAUCAAAGAGAAAAGCUACAAGUGAUACAUUAGAGAUUCCUUCUAAAAUAAUCCCGAAGUGUAUUUCUGAAAAUGAUAGUACAAGACCCUCACAAAAGAAAUCAAGAGUAAAAAUAAAUUGGUUAAAGUCUUCAGCUAAGCAACCCAGCAUUCUUUCUAAAUUCUGUAGUCUGGGAAAAAUAACAACAAACCAAGGAUCCAAAGGACAAUUUCAAGAAAAUGAAUAUGAUCUUGAAGAGGACUUGGGGAAGUGUGAAACUGAUAACACAACUAAUGUUUGUGGUCUUGACUCUCCAGAAAAUAAGGUUAAACCUGUAAAUGUUAAUGAAGCUAAGCCUAUAAACAAAGGUGCAGAGCAAAUUGGUUUUGAGCUAGUAGAGAAAUUAUUUCAAGGCCAACUGGUGUUAAGGACUCGUUGUUUGGAGUGUGAAAGUUUAACAGAAAGAAGAGAAGAUUUUCAGGACAUCAGUGUGCCAGUACAGGAAGAUGAGCUUUCCAAAGUAGAGGAGAGUUCUGAAAUUUCUCCAGAGCCAAAAACAGAAAUGAAGACCUUGAGAUGGGCAAUUUCACAAUUUGCUUCAGUGGAGAGGAUUGUAGGAGAAGAUAAAUAUUUCUGUGAGAAUUGCCAUCAUUACACUGAAGCCGAACGAAGUCUUCUGUUUGACAAAAUGCCUGAAGUUAUAACUAUUCAUUUGAAGUGCUUUGCUGCUAGUGGCUUGGAGUUUGAUUGUUACGGUGGUGGACUUUCGAAGAUCAACACGCCUUUAUUGACGCCUCUUAAACUAUCACUAGAAGAAUGGAGCACAAAGCCAACUAACGACAGCUAUGGAUUAUUUGCAGUUGUGAUGCAUAGUGGCAUUACAAUCAGUAGUGGGCAUUAUACUGCUUCUGUUAAAGUCACUGACCUUAACAGUUUAGAACUAGAUAAGGGAAAUUUUGUGGUUGACCAAAUGUGUGAAAUAGGUAAGCAAGAACCACUGAAUGAUGAGGAAGCAAAGGGUGUGGUUGAAAAUUAUGAUGAAGAAGAAGUGUCGAUUAGAGUCGGUGGAAAUACACAGCCAAGUAAAGUUUUGAACAAAAAAAAUGUAGAAGCUAUUGGACUUCUUGGAGGACAAAAGAGCAAAGCAGAUUAUGAGCUGUACAACAAAGCAUCUAAUCCUGAUAAGGUGGCCAGUACAGCAUUUACUGAAAAUAGAAAUUCUGAGACUAACAGUACUAAUGGGACCCAUGAGUCUGAUAGAAACAAGGACUCCAGUGACCAAACAGGCGUUAACAUGAAUGGAUUUGAGAACAAAAUUUCAUAUGUAGUACAAAGCUUAAAGGAGUAUGAGGGGAAAUGGUUGCUUUUUGAUGAUUCUGAAGUGAAAGUUACUGAAGAAAAAGACUUUUUGAAUUCUCUUUCCCCUUCUACAUCUCCUACAUCUACUCCUUACUUGCUAUUUUAUAAGAAAUUAUAGAGUGAACGUAUUUUCCUUGUAUAUAUAUUAAACAGACCUGGACAAACAUUGGUAAAGUUGAUUACAUCAAAGAGUCUUGGCUUUUCUUUCGAAGCUAUUGGAUAUUGGUCUCUCUAGGUUUUUAUAUAGUGAAAUUUGAAUUACUGAAAACCAUGUUAAUUUUUAGGAUUCAUUUUCCUUAGUAGAGACUAGUGAUGCAUUAGCUUCUGGGAACAAAGUUAAAUAGAUUCUUAACUGAAAUUAUCCAAAAUGGAAGCAUUUAAACACUUUUGGAUUUACACGGAUCUUUUGUUUGCUUUUUAAAAUAAAGUGCUUGUAUUUGUAUCCUCCAUAUUUCGGAGUUAAUUAUCUACAUGUUUUAUAGGUCCUGUGGUUUUCAUUUAAGAAGCAGAAUCUCAUUCAGUUCAUUUAGUUUGAUAUCAGUCAUGAAAUCAAAUCUUUGAUGGCUGUGUCAGAGGCACAAAGUCUAGAAUGUGUGUAUUCACAAUGGUGUAUAAUUGUGCCUUGAAUCAUUUUGGAGUGUCUCAGCCUGGACAGUCCCCUUCUAUCUUCUCAAGAAUUUUAUAUGUAUUUAUGAAGAUCCUGUACUCUAGUAAAUCUUUUUGGGCAUGGACUCAUUUGUAUCUCUUCAUACCCAUAUUCUGCACGAUCUGUAUAUAGUACAUCAGACUUAGAGGUGUGACCUUUAAAUUUAACUUUUUUUAAAACUGGGAGGUCAAUAAAAUUUAAACUGCUUAACAACUA